CGGGGCCGGGCGUAUAACGGAUGUCUCUCGCCUGGUAACGGACACGAAUGGAGACUUAUUACCAGAAACGUUAUAUAAAUAUUAGCGUCUGGUAAAGACGGCAACGACAUGUAAGCAGCCGAUCUAGGAACAGUGUAAACUUCUCUUUCCCGUGUCUCCGACUGCAGACAUGUCUCUGGCUCAGAGGGUUUUGUUGACCUGGGUUUUCACCCUCGUCUUUCUCAUCAUGCUAGUCCUCAAACUGGAUGGAAAGGUGCAGUGGAACUGGUUUCUCAUCUUCCUCCCAGUAUGGGUCUUUGACAGCAUCCUCGUCCUCAUGCUUGCCAUCAAGAUGGCGGGCCGCUGCAAGCCCGGGUACGACCCUCACAACGGCUCCCCAGACCUGCGCCUGCGUGCCUGGUACCUGACGGCCAUGCUGCUGAAGCUGGGCUUCUGUCUGACGCUGUGCGCCAAGCUGGAGAGGCUCGCUGAUGUUAAACUGACAUUUGUGUGCAUACCACUGUGGACCAUGUUACUGGGAGCACUGGUGGAACUAGGAUUAAAUAUCUUUCCUGAGAGGAGAGAGGCCUAAGGAGACGAGAGUUGCACUUUGGAUUAUUACGGACUUAUCCCACAUUGAUAUUUGUCUUAAUAAUAUUUUGUCUAAAAACAAAAGCUGCGUGUGCUCUGUGAUGUGAGAACUCGAGCAGAGCAGAGAAAAGCUGACAGUGAAUUUGUCUAUUUGUUGGCAAAUUCAAUUAAAAAAUACCAUAAGGGCUUUAACUGGAUGUCCAUAAAACAACUUGAAGUGUAAACUGGAAGAAACUGUAAUAUUUAUUUCAAACUCCAGAUAUUUGGUAUUAUUUCAUUAUGUCUAUUUUAAUUGUACAUGACCCAGCACUACUGCUCCUGUAAAUAACUGCACAUAUUGAGAAACUGAGCGGUAUUUUGGGAAUUUAAGCACUACUUCCAUCUUUUAGGCCACAAACAAUAACUGUCACUCCUCAGACCAAAUCAUGGAGUGUUAGAUAUUGUGUAGCUGCACAAAUAUGUUUUUGUUGCAUUUCUGGGCUGUGGAGGGUAAUUAUGUUGUAAAAAAAAGACCCACAUCUUGCGAUCUGCCUUUUGCCACAGGCUUCCCCCUCCAGCCUGCACAAAUAGUCUUGUCUAAUGUGUUACUAUGUGCAAGGCCUCAAACCCUUAUCAUUGUGAUUCAGGUGAUUGACGUUGUUAUUAUUUAAUCACAGGUACAAUACUGUGGGUUACGAGAUGAACUAUCUCAAUCGACUUUUAACGGCAUUUUACAAUGUGCAUUAAUUUAUUGACAAGUCUCUUCUUUGCAUUCCAUUGCACUAUGUUGACGAUUACACGCAUGUGUUGUAAUAAAUGAGAGAUGAAAUUAU